UCGAAUUGUCAAUCUUGCUUAUAAACCCAGCAGUGCUCUGAGUCGUUUGUCUUUCAUGCCCACUAUUCGCAACUUUGAUACGCUGGUUUCCACUUCCUGGCUUGCUGAAAACAAGAAUAAGGUGGUGAUUCUAGAUGGCUCUUGGCAUAUGCCUGCAACUCAGCGUAACCCACUUGAAGAGUUUCGUCAAAAGCAUAUCGAGAAUGCACGAUUUUUUGGCAUUGACGAUAUUUGCGACAAAGCUACCAAACUGCCACAUAUGCUUCCUCCAGCGAUGCAGUUUGAUCAGCAAGUUGGUGAUCUUGGAAUCAGUGCAUCAGAUCAUAUUGUGAUAUAUGAUACUUCUGGAAUUGGAUCAGCAUGCCGGGUGUAUUGGACAUUUCGUGCAUUUGGGCACAGCAAUGUAUCUGUGUUGGAUGGUGGACUACCAAAAUGGGAGGCAGAAGGGCGUUUGACUGUAUCUGGUGAUACUGUUGUUGAACCAAAGGUAUACAACUCACAGAUCAAUCCAACUAUUGUUGCUAAUUUCAAGGAUAUCCGAACGGCAACAACUGUGCACAAUUGUCAAGUGAUUGAUGCCAGACCAGCUGGACGAUAUUAUGGAUCUGAUCCUGAGCCUCGCGCAGGACUAUCCAGUGGACAUAUUCCAGAAUCGCGUAGUCUACCCUUUCCAAUGGUGAUGGACCCUGUAACCAAAACCUUUUUGGAGCCAGAGAAACUUCGAGAACUAUGUGAGCAUCGUGGUAUCAGCCUUGAUCGACCCAUCAUCUGUACAUGUGGAAGUGGUAUCACUGCAUCUAUUCUCUAUCUUGCGUUUGAACGUGCUGGCGUGACUGAUCUUUCGGUGUAUGAUGGAUCCUGGACAGAAUAUGCAUCGAUCCCUGGCGUAUUGAUUAGCAAAGUUAACAUUUAAUUCGAGUAUUGAAUGAAUUGUUUCUAGAUUGA